AUGGUAGACCGGAGACUUUUCAAUUCACCUGUUACACCUCCAAGAGUAUUACUCAGAGAAGAUGAUCAAUCAGAAAUCAUAGAUUGGAUCGAAAAUGCUUUAGGAGACCUGAAGACUCCACAAAUUUCCUUUGAAUAUUCUACUAUUCAAGUAGCAGACAAAGAUGAAGAUGAUACUAUAAGAUCGGAAGUUUGUGGUGUGCUGUCGAAUAAUAUAUCAUUGAUCUUGGACAUAACAUGGUCCGGAAUGAGUAAUAUUGAAGCUCUAUCGAAAAAACUCAAUGUUCCUUAUCUAAGAUUGGACCUUUCUUUGAAUCCUUUUCUAGUUCUACUGGACGAAUACCUAGAUUUUCGAAAUUCUACAGAUGUAGUCUUAAUUUUCGAAGAUAAGACAUAUUUAGAUCAAUUAUUAUUCUCCUGGAUAGACACCAAAAGAAUGAGAUUAGUGGUAUCGGAAAAAUUGGAUUCAACUGUGGCGAAGAAAUUGAAGAAGAUACGACCAAUACCAAAUAGUUUUGCUCUGGUUGCUGAUACUCCAAACAUGAUACAACUAUUUCGAAAGGCCUCUGAUGAAGGUUUGGUCUCAUUGCCAGAACGCUGGAAUCUAGUAUUCACAGAUUUCGAACACAAGAAUUUCGAUAGGACCCUGAUAUAUGGGAAGCCAAUCAAUUUGCUCACUCUAGACGAAAAAGUUUGUUGCAGUCUUAUCACCACGACCUCAAGUUUUACUUGUCCCAGAACUUUCAACCUGCAGAAAAAAUUUCUUGAGGGUAUCCUCGAAGAGAUCCAACAAGUGUUUUUGAAACUGAAGAACGAAGGUUAUCAGGUUAGUGACAGUGUUGAGUGUGAAGAAGGUUUUUUCAACCAAGACCUGAGUAGAAAGUUUGACAAGUUGAUCCAUGAUGUUCUGAAGAAUAGCGAUAGGUUUUUUGAAGACAGAGGGAUGAUAAGAGUGAAAAUUAGAGGAAACGUAGAGGUCGGUACAAAAAUGUCUUCUGAGGUAGUGGCUUCUUUUAAUGAUGAUGACGGUAUAAGGAUUGCUGCAGGAAAGACUGUCAAAUCUGUCAGACCUUACUACAGGAUUGGCAUAACACAUGCGUUGCCAUGGUCUUACAAGGAAGCUGACGAUGAUGGCAAUUAUUUCUGGACAGGAUACUGUGUGGACUUUGCAUACAAAUUGGCACAUGAUAUGCAGUUUGAUUUUGAAUUCGUUGAACCUAUAGAGGGUACAUUCGGAGAAAAAGUGAAUGGAAAAUGGAAUGGGGUAGUCGGAGAUCUAUACAGAGGAGAAACAGAUAUGGCAAUCACCGCUUUGAUCAUGACUGCUGAUAGAGAAGAAGUGAUUGAUUUUAUUCCACCCUACUAUGAACAAACAGGAAUUUCCAUAGUAAUGAGAAAGCCUGAUCGAAAAACAUCCUUAUUCAAAUUCAUGACUGUUCUCAAACUAGAGGUAUGGCUGAGCAUAGUUGGUGCAUUGAUAGUGACUGGAUUCAUGCUAUGGUUUGUUGAUAAAUAUUCGCCAUACAGUGCUAGAAACAAUAAAAAAGCAUAUCCAUACCCAUGCAGAGAAUUCACGUUGAAAGAAAGCUUUUGGUUCGCUUUGACGUCUUUCACACCCCAAGGUGGUGGUGAAGCACCCAAAUCACUUUCAGGAAGAACAUUGGUUGCUGCCUACUGGCUGUUUGUAGUACUUAUGCUAGCCACUUUCACAGCAAACUUAGCAGCCUUUUUGACGGUGGAGCGCAUGCAAACCCCUGUUCAGUCUUUGGAACAACUCUCUCGCCAAUCACGUAUAAAUUACACUGUUGUGAAAGAAUCAGAUACACAUAAAUAUUUUAUUAAUAUGAAACAUGCUGAAGACACUUUAUAUAGAAUGUGGAAGGAAUUGACUCUGAACUCCUCCACUGACGAUUCACAAUACCGUGUAUGGGAUUAUCCCAUAAGAGAACAGUAUGGUCACAUUUUGAUAGCUAUAAACGAUUCAAAUCCAGUGUCAAACGCUUCUGAAGGCUUCAGACUGGUGAAUGAACACAUGGAUGGUGAUUUUGCAUUCAUCCACGACUCGUCUGAGAUCAAAUACGAGAUCAGCAGGAAUUGCAAUCUGACAGAGGUGGGAGAGGUUUUUGCUGAGAAACCCUAUGCUGUAGCCGUACAACAGGGGAGUCAUAUUCAAGAUGAUUUGAGUAGAGCAAUUCUCAAUCUGCAAACCAAUAGGUUCUUUGAAGUACUUCAAGCCAAGUACUGGAAUCAUUCUAUGAAAGGAGAUUGUCCUAAUGCUGAUGACAACGAAGGGAUUACCCUAGAAAGUUUAGGAGGAGUAUUCAUUGCAACGUUAUUUGGUCUGGUUCUAGCAAUGCUAACACUUGUUGGUGAGGUGAUAUACUACAGGAAUAAAAGAAAGAAGAGUGAAGAAGUGAAGAGCCUGCAAAUCAAACCAUCACCUAAUAAUACUAAUAAGGAAACAUUCAAUAACAAUAUCAAACUGAUACAUCCAGAAACUAUUACAAUUGGAAAGGAGUUCAAACCGUUGAAUUACAAUAUUCUAGAUUCUGAUUUGAUAAAACCUCCAAAGAUGCUAUAUCCACGAUCAAGAAAUCGGGUACAUCAAUCUAAUCUGAAGAAUAUUAUUGGAGAAUAAAAUAUUAGACAAGUUUGAUUCAGAUGAAAUAAACAACUAAAAAAUUUGUUUUAAUUUGAGAAAUUAUUUGAGAUA